CUCUCUCUUCACAGCAUUCUUUAGCAUCUGUUAAAGGCAGUCAGUCUGAACAUCUAAAGUCGGAAACAUGGUUGUGUGGACAGACUUUGAGAGGACCACCAUCCAGGACAUCUUCUCCAAGAUGAACUACGAAGUGGUUGGACAACAAGCUCUGGCAAGAUGUCUUAUCGUUUACCCCUGGACCCAGCGGUACUUCGGCAAUUUUGGAAACCUGUACAAUGCCGCUGCCAUCUUGGGAAACCCCAUGGUUGCAGCACACGGUAAAGUCGUGCUCCAUGGCCUGGACAAAGCCGUGAAGAACAUGGAUGACAUCAAAGCCGCCUAUGCUGAACUAAGUGUGCUGCACUCCGAGAAGCUCCACGUAGAUCCUGACAACUUCAGGCUUUUGGGUGACUGCUUAACCAUCGUUGUUGCUGCUCAACUUGGCGCUGCAUUCACACCUGAGGUCCAGGCCGCUUUUCAGAAAUUCCUCGCCGUCGUGAUCUCCUCCCUUCGAAGACAGUACCACUAGAAACAAACCUGCUUUGACUGUUACACAGAGGAUCAUCUGAUGUUAAAACAAAAGAAAAUGUUCUUCUGAGUUGAAGCAAAUAAAUGUUUCAAUAUUCAAGCGUA